AUGAGCAAUCCAGCCCCACCCAAGCUCCUGGAACUUGCAGCCCACAGCCUGCUGAACAAUGAGGCUUCAGUUUUGCCUGCCUUGGAAGAGUUCACAAUCGACCUCUUCCCACCACUGCUCACUGCCGCAUUUGCCAGGGGCCACAAGAAGGCCCUGAAGGCCUUGGUGCAGGCCUGGCCCUUCCCCUUUCUCCGUCUGGGCUCUCUGAUAGUGCAGUGGCCCAACCAAGACAGCUUGCAAGCUGUGCUGGAUGGGCUGGGGACCUCUUCUGCCCCCAGUGCUUGUCCCAGGAAGUCAGAACUGAGGGUGCUGGAUUUGACCCUGAACUUUGAGCAGGUCCAAAGUAAAGGGGCCUCUGAGGCCUUGGCCAGGUUCCCAUUCUGGUUACCAUCGACAGUCAAGGCAGAGAUGCCCCAGGCUACAACCAAGCCCAAGCCAGUAGAGGAUUCGAGAAAAGGACUAAAGCAGCCAUGGGAAACAGUAGAAUUACACAUUGAUCUUUUCCUGAGAGGCCCCUUUAAGUUGGAUACGUUCCUCUCUAGCCUCCUGACGAAAGUGGAGCGGAGCCAUGGGUCCUUGCGCCUGUGCUGUAGGAAGCUGCACAUUGAGGAGAUGCCCUUUAAUAGUCUGAUAGGGAUCCUGAAGACACUGGAGCUGGACUUCAUCCAGGAGCUGGAGGUGUUUGACUGGUUCCGGGCACUGUCGGAGCAGAGCCUCUUUGCCACACAGCUGGGAAGGAUCUGCAACCUGCGCAGCCUCAAGCUGGCCUACUACCACUGGGCCUUCCCCCCAGAGGGCGAGCAGUCCUCCAGCUGCUUCCUCUCCCAGCUCAGUAAGCUUGGCCACCUCCAGAAGCUCCACCUCUCCUAUUCCUACCUCUCCGGCAACCUACAUCAAGUACUCAGGUGCCUGCAGGCCCCACUGCAUGCCCUGGAGAUCCGCUCCUGCACACUUCUUGACACUGAUAUCACCUACUUGUCCCAGAGCCUUCAUGCCACCUGCCUGAGGAAGCUGGAUCUUAGUGGCAACAACCUGUCCUACAUGGUUCCUGGGCCUUUAGAGACACUGCUGGCAAAGGUCUCAGGGACAUUACAACACCUGGACCUGAACCACUGCCGGCUGAAGGACGCUCACCUCAGUGCCAUCCUGCCGGCCCUGUGCUGCUGCUCUCACCUGGGCUCCCUGGGCCUCUCCGACAACCCGGUCUCCAGGGCAGGCCUCCUGAGCCUGCUGGAGCACACAGCAGGGCUCAUGGAGCUGAAGCGGGUGCUCUAUCCCAUCCCGAUCGAGUGCUGCGUGUACUUGCAUGGCCUGUCCUGGGGGCCUGUGAACAAAGGCAGGCUGUGCCAGGUACAGGCUGAAAUGCAGAGGCUGCUGCAGGCCGUGCAGAGGGCUGACAUGCAGUGGAGCCCCCCACUGCCCUCACCUUUGCCUGUGAGGCUGGUGCAGCUCGACUAA